GAAAUAUUCACCGAAUACGCCAUUGUCGUUCUCCUGUAAACUUACCGCUGCCUUGGAGUAAACAUAAUAGUGAAAGAACACGAUCCUGUAUAAGAUUUAUUCAAAUAUAUUUUAACUAGCGUUUCAGUUUCAAUCACUCAGCUCUCGGUAUAAUACACAAGAUUAAUAAUCUCUUUGUACAAUAAAUAUUAUAUUACAAAGUUCAUACGUUAGUUAACCCAACGUGUCUGAAUCUAAACUGCUGCAAGUUUUACUAUCUCUACGUCUAUUAAUGAAUGAAAAGUGAAGUAACUGGUGCACAAUUCUUAUUUCUGUACAUAAUUCCAAGUUAAAAAGUAAUACGUUCGAUUCGAAGACAGAAGAAAUAACAGAACGCGAUGGCACAUCGUGUUAAGAUAGCAUCCCAUCAAGCGUCAAGUUAAAGAUAAUUAUUUUAUUUAAAAGAGAGUCAAGAACAUAAAUAAGAUGGGUGUCGGGAACAAAUUGAGUCAAAGGUUGCUGAUAUCUUAUUGUUCGUUUACUUGCAUUUACUUCCCUGGAAUUUUGAUAUUAUUAAAGUUAAACAACAAUUUAUACAACGUGGGGAAGUACAAAUUUAUUCCAGUCCUGUUGAUUCUGCUGUUUGCAGAAGUUAUCAAACUGAUGUUCCCUAUGUUUCACUCAGAAUCAAUGCUUAUACCGAGAACUGAAUUGAAACCAUCGUCGAAACCCAGGAAAACUUGGUUCAAACCCAUGAAAGAAUUAUUUAAAUUUUUACUAGCUGGAUUCCUAUUGUCCAUUAUAUAUUACGUAGUGAUCGUACUGUUUGGUGCACCCAUACUUACACAGCACGAAGAGACUACUAUGCUUACUGCCACAUUGACUACUUUAACAUUCGUUCCUGCAAGCUUGCAUUUAGGAGUAAAUGGUGCAUUAGAGAUAAUAACUGGAGCACAAUUGCAAAAAGGGAAUGUUCUAGCAGAUGCCAUAAAGACAAAUAUUCAAGCUACUCUUUUGGGUACAUGGCUAGGUGCUAUAGCCAUCCCAUUAGAUUGGGACAGACCCUGGCAAGCUUGGCCGAUUCCAUGUGUACUCGGUGCUCUCCUUGGCUAUACAAUUGCACACUUCAUUACUCUAGCGAAAACAUUACCUAUGUUAAGAUUAGGUAAAAAGGUCCAUAGAUGAACGGCAAUGAUCAUUGGUAUAGAUUUUUCCAAAUAAAUUUUAUUAAUUUCAAA